AAUGGAAUAUUAUACAGUGAAAGAGGAAAUUUUGGCAUAUGUUUGAAAUAUGAAUGCUUCGUCACGCCGUCGCCAUUUGCUACGGACGAGGCAGGGAGGGAGGACACACCGGAGGAAAAUCACCCUCUAAUUAAGGCGCAAGUCUUCCAGCGUGAGGACAAGCGAGCAGCAUGGAGCAGCAAGGCCGGGCACGGGGGCGGUCCAGGGGCAAGCAGCAGGGGGCCACCGAUGCCCCGAGUACCCCCAUGCAGUCCACGCCACACUCGCGCCCUAUUUCGGACCCAAGCCAGGUGGUGCAGCCGGGCCCUUCAGGAGUGCAGGGGCUGAAGGAGGAGCCCGCAGAGGGGGUGGGCCGUGCCAGGGGACGCAGCUCCAGGCUCAGGGAAGGCGACGAGGGGGGGCGAAAGGGCCCUCAGGAGAGCCGUGCAUCAUACCGCGGGCGGGAGAGGGUCGGGGAGGGCCGCCCCGCAACAGUGAAGCGUGCAGCUGAGGCCAUGGGGGCUAUGAAGCUUCAUGAGAGCAGCGAGGAGAGCGACGAGAAUGGCAACGGAAACGGUGGCAAUGGGGGCCAUUCGGUGGGACGCGGGACCAUGCGGGGGAAGAGGGACAUCAGCAGGAUUGUGUGGACCAAGCCGAGCACCGUCACUGUCAAGAAAGGGACUUCCGGCCAGAUGAUUCCCCUGUGCAGCAACCACUUCAACAUUCAGAGGAUGGAAGACAUGAAAACCUGCCUCUAUCACGUCUACUUCAGCCCUGAGGAGGACCGCACCCCAGUGAGGAAGAAGCUUAUGUCCCAGCACCGCAACGCUCUGGGCGCCUACAUCUUCGACGGCAUGAAGCUCUGCAUGUCUCACAAGCUGCCAUCAGAUGUGACGGAGCUGGUGUCCAAGCUGGAGGAGGCCGAUGGUGCAGUGUUCCAGCUGAAGCUCAAGUUCAUCAAGGAGGUGGACUUCCUGGACAGCGAGUACAUCCACAUCAUGAACAUUUUGAUGCGCCGAUGUAUGGAGCACCUCGGACUGCAGUUCCUCGGGAGAAAUUACUACAACCCCAAUGCUGAGAUCAGGGACGAGAGAUACAAGAUCGCCAUCUGGCCGGGAUACACCAGCACCAUCCGCCAGCAUGAGAACACACUGCUGCUGGGGGCGGACGUCUCCCACAAGUUCCUGCGCACGGAGACAGCCUACACCGUCAUGCUGAAGCGCGCCGCUAACCCGAAAGAGGCGGCCUUGAAGAACCUCCUCGGGGCUAUCGUGGUGACCAAGUACAACAACAAGACGUACAAGAUUGACGACAUUGCCUGGGACCUGAACCCUCUUUGCAAGUUCCCAUACAAGGGCAAGGAGAUCAGCUACAUGGAAUAUUACCAGAGCAAAUACCAGCUGAGGAUUAAGGACGUGAAGCAGCCCCUCAUGUUGUCCAAGCCCAAGAAGAAGGACCUGAGACGCGGCGCCGGGGACGUCUACCUCAUCCCUGAGCUCUGCAUCAUGACCGGCCUGACCGAGGAGAUGCGUUCCGACUUUAACAUGAUGAAGGAUCUGGCGGACUACCUGCGCACCGCCCCCGACAAGAGGGUCCACUCACUGAUGAGGCUGAACAGGGACCUCCUCGCUCAUGAAAAGGCCAAGGAGGAGAUGACUAACUGGGGCCUGCAGAUGUCCAACAAACUGGUGGAGCUGCAGGGCCGAGUCUUGCCCGAGGAGGCCAUUCUUCAGAGCGGCAAGACUGUCACGUACAACAGGGACUCAGCUGACUGGUCCAGGGAGAUCCGCUCGCUGCGCCUCAACGCUCCGAUCAGUGUGCAGCGUUGGGCCAUUGUGUUCCCGGCACGCCACAAGGAUAGCGCCCGGGAGCUGUGCACCACCCUGCAGCGCGUCGGGCCCCCCAUGGGCAUGCAGUUCGCCAACCCUCAAAUCCACUGCCUGCAGAGUGACAGUGCCCAGGAGUGCAUGGGCAGCCUGGGGCGCUGCACCGGCAUGCAGCUGGUGCUGGUGGUGCUCAACAGCAACAGGAUUGACUACUACAGCGCCGUCAAGCGCCAGCUGUCCAUCACCAUGGGCAUCCCCAGCCAGUGUGUCCUGAGCCGCACGCUGUUCAAGAAGCAGCGCCUCAUGUCCGUGGCCACCAAGAUCGCCAUUCAGAUCAACUGCAAGCUUGGAGGAGAGCCGUGGAGCGUGAACAUUCCCAUCAAGAACACGAUGGUGGUGGGUUAUGAUGCCUACCACGAGAAGGGUUCCCGCAGCGGGGCGUACGGCGCGGUGGUGUCCUCGCUCAACCAGAGCUGGUCGCGCUACCUCUCCCAGGCCGCCACCCACCACAACCACGAGGAACUCUCCAACAACUUUGCCCUGGGUGUCAAAAAUGCCCUACAGCGGUACAAGCAGGAGAAUGGGAUGCUGCCGAGCCGAAUCUUGGUGUACCGUGACGGCGUGGGUGAAGGGCAGAUCGAGUACGUCAAUGACCAUGAGGUGGCGGAGAUUCAGAAAUGCUUUGACCUGUACGAGACUAAGCCGGAGUUCGCCUUCAUCAUCGUCUCCAAGAAGAUCAACACCAGGUUCUUCUCGCGCUCCACUGGCAGGAUUGGCAACCCUCCCCCCGGCACUGUGGUGGAUGACGUCAUCACACUGCCGGAGAGGUACGACUUCUUCCUGGUGCCCCAAAGCACGAACGUGGGAACGGUCUCCCCCACGUCAUUCAACAUCAUCGCCGACACGACCGGCCUCAAGCCAGACCACAUGCAGCGCCUCGCCUUCAAGCUGACGCAUCUCUACUACAACUGGCAGGGAACCGUCCGUGUCCCGGCGCCGUGCAUGUAUGCCCACAAGAUGGCAUUCAUGAUGGGCCAGAUCGUCAACAAGGCACCGCACCCCAACCUCUCGGCCGCCCUCUGGUAUCUGUAAGGCUUCAGGUAUCUGCUUCUAGAGUCAGGGAGGGACAGGAGAUUGCCGUACAUUGAAGGUGCAAGAGUGUGUCCUUCAUCAGUGGUCAGUAGUGGCUUAGUGUAGUGAAGGAGACAUGCGGAGGUGGUUAAGACUCGGCCCUGUGUCGGGUAAAUCAGCUGAUGUAUCUGUAAGGUUUCAGAUAUCUGCUUCUAGUUAGGGAAGGACAGGAGAUUCCCAUACAUUGAAGGUGCAAGAGUGUGUCCUUCAUCUGUUGUCAGUAGUGCCUAAGUGUUGUGAAGGAGACAGGUGCAGAGGUGGUUAAGACUUGGCCCUGUGUUGGGUAAAUAAUGCACCUGGAUGAGAAGACUGACAGAGGCACUUAAACUUCAUAGUAUCUCCAGUAUGGUCGUCAUCAUCUUCAGUCAUUACUAGUCCGGUGCAAGGCAACGGCCUCUCCCUGGCUAAUGGAGACACCAGAGACCCGACCAUGCUGGAGGUUCCCUGUGAAGCCAAAAGUGCCUUUGUUCAGAGUGCAUUAUUAUUUAUGAACCCAACAAAGGGGUGGCUCUUGAAACAAGCUCUGCACGUGUUUGCUUUACUUCAUCGUGAUGGGAGUGGAGGAAGCUGCUAUUCAAGGGGACGGCUUCCUCUCCUUUCACACCUGUGUGCAGCCUUCCACACCAGCAGACCACCAGAGGUCCAAGGCUUGGCCCAGGGGGAUGCUGGUGUGGAGAUUAUUGUGUACCCAAGGAACUGCAUGCUUCCUUUGUGCAGUGUAAGGUUAAGUUCAUUAAGUUAUCAUGCAGUAUUAUGUCUGAUAAGGGAGAUAAGGCAGUGUCCUUGUGUUAUCUAUGAUAAUUAUCAUAGCAGGCUUGGUGGGGCCAGGCCAUGCCCUCAAUGUGCCACAACUGUGGCAGUCACAAAGGCCGGGCCAACCAACAGGCCCUUCAUGAACGCCUGCAAUCAGUCAAUAAGGGCAUAUGCCGGUGGGGGGGAGGAGAGGGGGUGUUGCCUCAUUCUACAACACCAAACCCGGGAUUCUCCCGGCAAGUCUCCAUGCAGAUCUCAUCCCCUGUUAUAGGCUGGAAAAAAAAUAUAAAAAAAUAAAUAAAGGAAACAAAAUAUACAAAAAAAUAUAUAUAAAGUAUCAAAUUACCUAAGUAAAAAUGCCUUGAAGGUCAUGAACAUUGAUGAACCUUUGCCCAGGCUAGGCAGUGAGUGCUGGUAACCUAACUUAGUUAUAAGUCUGAUCCUAGUGACAAGCAGUCACCCCAAGAGGCCCAGUGGUACAGUAUGCUGCAGCACUGGAUUGUACACGUUGGAUGUACUAACACUAGUCUGCUAAGGUUUGCCAUCAAAUUUAAUUCCUUGUGAGUUGUAAGGACGUGUCAUGCAUUUGUCAGUUAUUUUCUUUACCUGAACAUGUUAAUUACCAAUUUGAUUUGUGCAGCAAAGUGAAGUGUGACCUUGCCAUGGUGUGCGCUGACCUUAAGUGUAGCAAGAUGAUCAAAAUAAAUUCAAAUGAUUUCAUUGACUUCUUUAUCUUUCCACAGCUGUAUUAGAUAACAUUCUUGGUACAGUUUCCUCCUUAAAGAACAUAAUGGUGAGGGUGCAGAUAAGGGGUUUGAGGCAUUACAAAAAAUAUAUAUAUACAUUACCAUGCUAUUACAAUGUCAAGGAGAGAACUUGUCCUUUUAAUCAGCUCUGUGGUGAGUAUGAGGACAUGCAGUGCAACAACAAACUAUAUAACAAAGAAGGCAUAUAUUUACAUUAACAUUCUUGUGCUCAGGAAGGAAAUGGUCCCCUACUCUCAACACAGCAUGGAGUUUACGUUCCCUGUCAACACGAGGAAACAAAUGGUCCCUCUCUCACUUACGGAUGGAUAUUCAAACGUCGUAUUGGUAUCAUGCGGCUAGUGUUUGUCUUUUUACUAUCAAUAUUUGGGACGGAGAUAGUAGGAAGUAUUGGAUUUUCACUGGUAAGUCUGGUAAAUCAACAUCACACUCAGUAUAAAUAAGAAUCCACAAAACCAUUCUAUUCACAGCUCUGGCUAGUUGGCUUUGGGAUGGAGAUAGUAGGAAGUAUCGGAUUUUCACUGGUAAGUCUGGUAAAUCAACAU